GAACACGCUGCCUCUGAUCAGACGGUUUGGAAUCAGAGAUCUCUUCAUAACGACGGCAAGACUGAACUGGAACGUCGCCUCUUUGGCAGGAAAGCCGGCAAGUGUCCCGCCUCUUCUUGAUGAAGAAACUCAGAAACCCCAAGAGAUGCAUCUCUUCAUCCCGUAAAGUCAAGAACUUUGAUCGGAGAAAAGGGAGAAAACGAACAACAAUGUCACCAUCUGGAACGUAUAAGAAACCUGCAACUCCAGUUCCUUCCUCCCCAUUCCACCAUUCUCAAACGUAGACUCAUCAGCAAAACAAUCGGCCUCCACUCACCCAUAACAGCAAUGGACUUCCCACCUCCUCCAUUGUAUCCCGCUCCUAGUCCUACUUUUGAGCCCGUCCCUGUAGCCCAACAUGAACUGAAGACCUUCCACCAAGUCGACCGCCGGCUCUACUCCCGACUGGUGUUCGACCUCGACCGUGACCCGGAACAAUCUAUGAGAGUAAUGGCACUAUGGCUGUUCUUCGAGCGACCGAAGUACGUCCUAUCUAUGGUGCAAUUUGUACUUACUUUUAACGACUUCCUGAUCCAGGCUCUGGCCGAUGAAACCAUGCUCUGCUUGAAGUGUCUGGACUACGAGCAUUACAGCCCCUUCGUAGUCCACUCAAUUUACGAGAUCCCUCUCCUAUAUAACAUCUCCGAGAACCGAAUUACCCUUGCCUAUUUCCGCGAGAAUCGGGUUGCAAUCCUCAGGGGAGUUGCCCAACUCAUUGCCGAUGUCUGCAUCAGAGCAUUUGAUGAUCAGUUGGCAAUGAGUUGUUGCAGCAGAGCUUUUGCCUUCACCAUGCAACAACAACAACUACAACAACAGAUGCACCAUGGUUGGGAUUACUAUAGACCGGAAGUGAGUGAACAAUUGUGGACUCUGAAUGCCCACCAUGUGUAUGAUGCGGCUGGCGGGAGCUCUCGUCUUCAAGAGGCUGGCACUAGUGUUAUGGAAGAAUUGAAGGGUGAAGCGAGCGGGGGCUACUUGGCUUUGUUGUUGAGUCCUUACGACAAUGCUGCUUCAUCUUCUUCGUCGACUCGGGUAGACGAAAUCAAUGCAGGCAUGAAUAAUUUGGAGAUCUGCCGAGGAAAUGUGACUGAGGGCAACAGUGAUGGAGUGCCAGCGGAUGAGAGGACUGUUCUCCUGACGUUUUCCAAAGGGUACCCUGUCUCCAAACGCGAAGUCAGAGACUUCUUCUCCAUGACAUACGGAGACAUCUAUGAAGACGUUCAUAUGCAGGAAGUGAUGACUGCAGCGGAGCAGCCAUUGUAUGCAAAGCUGGUACUGAAGGUGCAGGGGAUGAUAGAAGUGGUACUCAAUGGGAAGAGAAAAGCCAAGUUUUCGAUCAAUGGGAAGCAUGUUUGCGCUCGCAAGUACGUCAAGAAAUCUGGCACGCCAUCGUAGUCAUCAGUCCCUGUCACCAUCACCCCAUUGGAGUCAAUCUGCGAUGAAUAAUAUGCUAGGCUAUGUUGUAUUCAGCAUAUAUACCCCUUGAUACACA